UUCAGCGGAGCUGGAGGAAUGUUUUGACCGCAGGACCGUUCCCAAACUUUGGUGGCUGGUGAUAGUCUGCCAUGGAGAGAGAUGGGGGUAAUGUUACAUCAUCUCUCUAGGUGGCUGGGGAUAGUCUGCCAUGGAGAGAGAUGCAGGUGAUGGGGUUCUGCUGGACUGUCCCUGGGUACCAGUGUGUAUCAGUGAGUCUCAGCUCCUGGCCAAGACCUGGUUUGGGGACACAGCGUACCGCAUCCUGCUCACUGACCUGCACUCUGUGUGGGAGGAGGAGAUGGACACCACAGCCAUCCAGGACAGAGCUCAGGAGCUGAACAGGCGAUUGCGGGCUCCCGUCCUUGCCUUCUUCUCUCACCUGUGUGUGGUGGCUCGCCCCUGUCUGUCUGGACAGGUGGACGUAGGGGUGGAGAACGGGGGUGCAACGGCUCAGUUGUCCCUCAACCCCCACGGCGGUGACAUCAACCUGAAGUUGAAGAGUGAGCUGGCGGGGGUGCCCUUCUACUGGGAGUUCCGCUGCACCCUUGCCCCUGUGGCUUUGGCAUGCAGUCAGCUGGUGCGCCCCCUGCUGUUGAUGAGCAGGUUACUGCAGAGGCAGGUGGGCCAACUGGGAGCUCUUCUGGCCAGGAAAGACACUGAGAUCCAAGACUAUAGGGACAAUGGGGCAGUGCUGAGCAGAGAGCGUUUGCAGACAGAGUUGUUUGAGGAGCAGAGCUAUAGAGAGAACUUCCUGACACAGACUGUGCCACAGGUAUGUGUGAGGCAGGACGGUCUGGGGUUUGACUCUGAGCUGCAGGAGCUCUACUCAGCUGUCACGUCCUACGGCAACACCAACGCUCGCAAACGUAAGAUCUCUGAGAGACACGCCCCCGAAGAGGGACGAAUCCACCACACAGGACCGUGGCCCUAACCACGCCGCCAGCAGCACCCAGCCCACAGGAGAGGUGAACCAUGGGCUGGGUCAGCUGGGCCAGGGGGAGAAGAGCCGGACUGGACAGGGGAACCGAGCCAGAACCACAGACUCAGAGAUAACUAAUGAGGAACAGACUAAAGUUCCGUCGGCGCGACCCAAGAAGAAGAAAGCUAAGGGGCUUUUUGGAUGACCUCCGAGCCAGUAGGGCACCGAACACUAUGGAGACUGUCUGCGACCAUGUCCCAAAUGACACGGUCAAAAGUAGUGCACUAUGUAGAGAAUAGGGUGUCUUUUGGGACGCCGUCUGAGCACUACCACCCUACUUCAUGUGACAUGUUUUUCAAGUGCUGAUCUACGGAGAUGUCCUUUUUAAAAACAUUUGGAAAAAAAAAACAUUUUAAUUAGAUAUGCAUGUUUUUCCUUGGCUAUUUCAUUGUUUGAUGGAUGUGUAUUUUUUAAUUGUCUAAAUAAUAAAUAAAUAACGUGUGA